CAGAAGCGUUACAGAAACCCAAGAGCACACACAUGUAAUAUUUACCGCCGGCGAGAGCUUCAUUCUAGCCGUCAUACUGUGAGCGGACCGACCUGGAAGUGAACCCGGGACAUUCAUCCUCUGAGCGCCGUGCAGACAAGCCUUUGGACAGACCCGUAAUAGUAAUAGGGAGCCUCAGGAGACGCUACUGUAGCUGCUGUAGCUACUGUAGCUAGCAUAGCUUGGUUAACUUUAACCUGCUCACUGAGAGGCGUUCAACUUCACACAGCUCCAGCGAGCUAACCAGGCUAAAGCCGAAUGCAAGGACGGACUUGAACUCUACUUGGGACAUAUUUCGGUUUCGCUAGCGGUCACAGAGCUGGUGCAGCCGGCUGUAGUUGGCCAGUCCGACUUCCUCCGCAUCGCCCGAGGUCACUCCGUCCGUCUCCAGCGGUGAUCGUGAAGCUAGCGUUAGCCAUGAAGAGCCUUCCGUACUUCUGCCGGGGAGAGGUCAUCCGAGGCUUCGGGAGAGGAAGCAAGGAACUCGGGAUUCCCACAGCAAACUUUCCUGACUCAGUGGUGGACAAUCUUCCAGCAGAUAUCGGCACAGGGAUCUACUAUGGGUGGGCCUGCGUCAGUAAUGGUGACGUCUACAAGAUGGUGAUGAGCAUUGGCUGGAACCCUUACUACAAAAAUACCAAGAAGUCCAUGGAGACCCAUGUGAUUCACACAUUCAAAGAAGACUUUUAUGGAGAGAUUCUCAGUGUCGUCAUGGUGGGCUACAUCCGUCCAGAGAGAAGCUACAACUCACUUGAAGCGCUCAUUGCAGCCAUAAACAACGAUAUCGAGGAGGCCAAGGUCAAGCUGGAGCUCCCAGAGCAUCUAAAACUGAGAGACGACAACUUCUUCACCAGCGCUCUAAGCCCGUCGUCGGUCCUGCCCCCCGCCAGCGCGUCCACAUCACAGACUAUUAUGAAUGGUCACUGACAGCUGGCUGUGACUGUAGCACUUUGUGCACACAUACACACAUACAACAACACAAAGGUUUCUACAUACACACAGGUAUAUGUGUUCAUUAACAUGCACAGCCUCAUUCUGAGAUCUCUUAGCUGUCGUUAUGGCUGCACAUGGACAUAAUCUAAAACAACGGAUCCAUUUUUUUAUUGUGUUUUUCUUUUACUUCCUUUAUAUGUCUCAACUGUUUAACUUCCUGUAUUGUUUUGUUUCAGACAGCCGAUCGCUAAAUAGAUGUUCAUUUGUAUAUAUCCACAGUAGAUUGCCUCUGUAUAUAUAUCGGAAGACACAAAUGUUCCAUAACCUCAACUCUGUGAACACUCUCUAGCCAAUGUCGAAGAUAAGAUACUUUAUAAUGUCCUUUUCUGUUGACAUUUGUUUCUGUGUUUGAUGGUUAGAGAGAAGGUCUGGGCAUUAUUAUCUGUAACAAAAACACUGGUAGCACAGUUAGAUGACUAUGCAGAAAUGUAGCUAAAUACAAGGCAUGUGUGGCGACAGGGAGAUUAAAUUAUUAUUGUAAAUUUAACAGUGAAUUCUCACUGUCUCGUCUCAUUUUCCCAAAUAAAAUGUCUUUCCAGUUAGACACAAGCCCUCUACUGUUUAUCACUGCCCUAUAAUGGACGACCAUAUAACAUUGGACCUGAGAUUUGACUUACGGUUUUUGAUGCAUAUGCAAAAAUAAAAAUAUUACAGGAAUUAUUAA